AUGUUUCCACAUAAUAUUAGUGGAAAUCCGACGAAUAAUCCAUACAGAUGUCAAAUUCAGGAACGUAUAAAUGCAUUGAUUUGUUACGACAAUGACUAUCGACGCAUCAGUGUUGAAAUUAAAAAAGCCGAGGAGAACCACAAACUAGAAUUGGAGAGAAUUAUUUUCAGUUGUUCCAUGAAACAAAAAAUGGGAUGUUCUCCGGAAUUUCAACAGCAACAGAAGAAUCUCAAAACAGAUAUUCAAACUGUAGACAAAAUGAAGGAAACAUUUGAAAAGCGCAUUCGUAUGUUAACCAAAGAACGUCAAGAUGUUUUUGAUGCCUCAAGGAAAUGUUUCCAAGAAAUGCAAAACCUCAAAAUUCAAAAUCAACGAUAUCACAUGAAUUCGAUUAAUGAUCUAAAGAAAAUGGUUUUAGAAGCCGGUGAUACGACAACAAGAAAUAAUUAUGAAAAGGAUAUACAGGAAUUGAAUAAAUUGUGGAUAAAGGAUAUGCUAUAUAUUGAGAGAUGUGAGAGUGUUUUGAAACCAUUUCUGGAUUUAUUAUCAAAUAAUGGUGGUGGUGAGCCAAAGGCUCAUUGUAAUUUAAAGGAUUGGACUAAAUCAUUUCAAGAGGUUGUGAAAAUUGAAGAGAAUAUCAAAUCAGCAAUGGGAAGUGUCUUGACAAAGCUAUUGGCCAUGAUACAUUUAUACCAGCCAUCGGAUGUUAAAACUUUUGCUGCCAAUUAUCUUAUGCAUUUGAAGCACAUCGAUGAUAUUGUAAAGAACAAAUUGGAGACAAUUGAGUGUACAAAAAUCGAUUAA